AUGGGGGUCUAUCCAUUCCGCAAGGCGAAUGCGCUCAUCGGAUAUCUUGACCGGCAUUCUAGGCGCAUGAGCACACUUUUGGCUACAGAAUCUAUGGGCUACGUCGAGAAGGUUUCUGGCAUGUGGAAGGGUGGCGGGAAACAUUAUGACGAGCCCCACGGCCUUCGGACCGAUGAGGAAGAUGUUGGCGACGACCCUGAGGACCGAGCUAACUCGGAAGCCCGGUUCCAGGCGCACUUUGCUUUGCCAGAGACCGAGAAACUCCACGCCGCCUACUUUGGACACUUGAUGCGCGUUCUCCCGCUCUACGGUAAGAUUUAUAUUAGCGACCGCCACUUCUGUUUCCGCAGCCUCCUACCCGGCACCCGCACCAAGCUCAUCCUUCCGCUGCGGGACAUCGAGAACGUCGACAAGGAGAAGGGUUUCCGGUUUGGCUAUGCGGGCCUGGUUGUUGUCAUCCGUGGCCACGAAGAGCUCUUUUUCGAAUUCCACCGGGCCGAAGUCCGUGACGACUGCACUAUUACCAUCCUCCAAAGUCUGGAAGCGACGCACUACUUACACGACUCUACCCUCAUGGACGGUGGCGCCGACGCCGACGAUGCCCAAGCCGCCGUAGCGGAGCACGACGCUCUUCAAAAAGCACGCGGCCACCGACCACGCAUUGCCACGCACGGGGAGUUCAAGGGCUGGAUUGAGUCCCACGGGAUCGAAUUUGCAUUCGUGGGGGGCGAUCCGGGUGAGUUGAUGCAGCUCUGCAUCCAGAACGGCACCUUCUCACUCGCGUUCUUCCUCGAGGCCAACGCCAAGAUGCGCGACUGGCUCGACGAACUGCUACGGACCGCCUGGGAAGCCUGCCAGGGGAGCGACCUGAUCAUCGAGUCGCCGUCCGCCAUGGCGGGCAUCCACAUCGCCGAAGCCCUUGGUGUCCCCUACUUCCGCGCCUUCACCAUGCCGUGGACACGCACCCGUGCCUACCCACACGCCUUUAUCAUGCCCGGCCAGAAGAUGGGCGGCGCGUACAACUACGUCACGUACGUCAUGUUUGAGACGGUGUUUUGGAAGGCGACGGCGCACCAGAUCAACCGCUGGCGUAGGCGGUACCUGGGCUUGCCGACGACUGGCCUUGAAAAGCUGCAGAUCAACAAGGUCCCGUUCCUUUACAACUUCUCCCCCUAUGUCGUGCCCCCGCCGUUGGACUACAGCGACUGGAUUCGCGUCACGGGGUACUGGUUCCUAGAUGAGGGCAACGAGAACUACAAACCUUCCAAGGAGCUGGCCGACUUCAUCGCCGCCGCGCGUCGCGACGGGAAGAAGCUCGUUUACGUCGGCUUUGGGUCUAUCCUCGUGCCUGACCCCGCUAAACUGACUCAAGACGUCAUCGAUGGCGUGCUGAAAGCGGAUGUGCGCUGUAUUCUCAGCAAGGGCUGGAGCGACCGGGUCCUGACCAAGGACAAGGAUAAAGAGAAGGACCAGCUGGACGAGAAGAAGACACCCGAGCCGGAGCUACCGCCGGAGAUCUUCCAGAUCCAGUCAGCGCCGCACGACUGGCUGUUCAAGCAGAUCGACGCGGCGGCGCACCACGGCGGGAGCGGCACCACGGGCGCCAGCCUGCGCGCAGGUAUCCCGACGGUCAUCCGGCCCUUCUUUGGCGACCAGUACUUUUUCGGUGCCCGCGUGGAGGACCUAGGCGUGGGCAUCUGUCUCAAGAAGUGGGGCGCAACAUCCUUCGCGCGCGCCCUCUGGGAGGCAACACACAGCGAGCGCAUGAUUCUCAAAGCGAAGGCGUUGGGAGAGCAGAUCCGUAAGGAAAACGGCGUCGACACCGCCAUCAAAUGCAUCUACCGCGACCUGGAGUACGCCACGCAACUCAUCCGCACCAAGACGGGCAAGAACCAGACGCGGCGCAAGGCCGCUGCCGCGUCUGCGGGAACCGCCACCGACGGCCCCGGCGGCUCGGGCGGCUCGGGCCCGGACGCCGACCUGCUCGAUGACGACGAGGAGGAGAGCUGGACCUUUGUCGGCGGCGAUGCGGAUACCAUUGAUGAUCUGUCGGUGGAGGCGGCUAUGAAACGGACGGUGCCGGAUUUGGGUGCUGUGCUGGGGGGUGAGGUGCCGGUUGUGGGUGGGGCGCCGGGGGUGAAGGGGGUUAAGGGGGCGGGGUUGGAGUGA